AUGGGAGCAGGCCAGACCUUCCAAUGGGCGGCUCAGUACCCCGACUUCAUGGACAUCAUUGUCCCAUUCUGCGGAUCUGCAAAGACCUCUUUGCAUAACCAGGUGUUUCUCGAGGGUGUCAAAUGUGCCCUGCUGUCAGCCAAGCGUUUCCGUUCUGCCGGGUCUGGGAAGGAUGGCACCUGCUCCGAAGGUAUCGUUGGUCGAAAGUGGGCAGAGGAAGAGAAGGAUAUCGGACUGAGAGCUGUAGGAAGAGUGUAUGCUGGGUGGGGCAUGAGCCAGCCAUUCUAUCGUGAAAAGCUGUACGAGACUGUUCUUGGGUAUAAAGACCUAGAGGAUUUCUUGGUCAAUUUCUGGGAGAAGUAUUUCCUUUCCAAAGACCCGGAGAACCUGCUUAUAAUGCUGCAGACAUGGCAGAAUGCAGAUAUCUCGCAGCAAGAGCCGUACAAUGGCAACUUCGAGGCAGCGCUCAAGGGUAUCAAGGCAAAAGCGCUGGUCUUGCCCUGCAAAUAUGACUUGUACUUCCCGCCAGAAGACUCGGAGUAUGAGGUUGCAAACAUGGCACCCGGCGUGGGUGAGCUGGACGCAUUCCCAUCCAUCUGGGGACACUGGGCAGGUGGCCCCGGUGAGAACAAGGAGGACGUCAAAUGGUUGAACGACAAGCUGGUCGAUUUCUUCAAACGGACCCCUAUUAGCGACUCCCUGACUGCUGCCCUCAAGGAUCUGAAAGUCUAG